GCGUUAAAUACGCUCAGACCUGAUUAUACCUGUCCAUGUCUGAGCACAUCUGAUCUAGCCUAUAGAAAUACAGGAUUUAAACUCCAUAUAUCAGCACUGUUCAGAUUUGGUAUAUUGAUUUAUGUCUGUAAUUCAAAGUAUUUAAAAAUGGAAUUAACAACGUUUAAUAAAACGAUUGAAAAAAGUACAAAAAAAUCAAGUGAUGCUGGGGUACUUAGGCCUAAACGUAAACAUGUCCCUAAAAGAAGUUGGUCGCCAUCCGAUUCGAUCUCACCAAAAAAAUCUAAGACAAUGGAUACUAAGAUGGAGAAGAAAAGUAGAAGAAAUAAAGAUUCAGAAGAAGAAAUAAAGAAACUAAAGCCACCUAAAAAGCCAAUUGACUCUUCGCCAAGCUCUAGUGAUUCGUCUCAUAUUUCGGAAAGUGAGGGUGACGAAAAAACGCCACCUCAAUGUAUAGUCAGUCCAACAAAAGAUGAUCUCAAGCGCCAAAUAGCAAUACUGGAGGCUGAAAAAGCCAAAAAAGAGAAAACCCAAGAGGAAUUUCCUAAAUUGAGCUUAAAAAUGAAUAAUGUUUUAGCAUCAAAAAAUUUAAAUGAUUUUAACAAAUCCAAAGCUACGGAUUCUAAAAAAACUGACGAAAACAAGGUAUCUCCUGAAAUACUACCAGAAUCUAAUGACACCGAAGAGAAGGCCAAUUCUGCGGAUCUCUUUCCUCCAGAAUUCGACGGUGGAAAGAUGACAAACAUCGGUAACAGUGUUUAUUGUAGAAAUGUAAUUUAUGAUUCAGCAACAGGAGCUUCUAAGAAAGCAACACACAUAGCGAGGAGAUUGAUAGAAGGGGUUUUUACCCAUGAAUCUCUUAUGAAGUACACCUUAACGGGACAAGCUCCUCGUGGUAAAGACACUAAAUCAAAUGUUGCAAUUAGACCGCUUAAUAAGCGGGGCAAAGAUGCAAUUCUUGAUUUUGCUAUUCGCUAUGCAACCACUAAAAAUUGGCCAAAGCAAGAUUCUACUGUCAUUUUAAAGGAAAUGGGCCAGAGGAUCACGGAGUACAAAAGGAACCAUAACCAUGCCAUUGAAAACUCUGCUAAAAAAGAUAAUUAAUUUUAUAAAUACUUUGCUUUGACUUAUAAUUAGUUAAGAUUAUAUUUAAUACUGCAUUUAAUUGAAAUCACUUGAAAAACAUUAAUGAUUUAAAAUACGCCGCUUGACGUAAAUAAACAAAAAAAAAAAAAAAAAAAAAA